AAGUAAAUGGCUGCAAUGAAACAAAGAGUGAACAAUGUAAAAGGGUCUGAAUACUCUCCGUACCCACUGUAUGCCCACAAACACACUCCAAUCCCUCCAUCCUCCUCCAUGAUUGUGUGAAAUGGUUGACCACGCUUGAGCAUGAAAUGACCGACGCCAUGUCUGAAUACUCGAAAGGGAUUUGACAUUUGAUUAGAUUGUGGCUCCCCACCUGGCCAAGGAUGAAUAUUCAUGAGACAGACAGACAGACAGACGGGAUUUCAUGGACGGGAUUUCAUGGAUGCUACCCUUCUGCGACAGUGCUCUGGGUCGGGACAGCGUGAUUACGUUGCAAACAAGUUAUCCCGACAUGGCGCCAUAAUGAUGGGACCCAUUCCGGCAUAAAGCUUUGUAGUCCUCAAGAGAAGAAUGGGGUUUACGCUGAGACCAUGAAAGCAUUGUAUGCUCCAGCAGACACCAGCAGACUCUGAUAUUGUCUACUCUUCGCCUUCCUCACUCCCUCCCUCCCUCAUUCCCUUCCCUUAAAGAAAGAUCACAAUCUGAUAACUCUUCCCCCAAGCCGUUUGGCAGCAGCUCAGAUUUCCUGGAAAUUGUAUUGAGAUCCGGAUUCUAAAGACGAAGAUUUUAUUUUCGGUCUGGGAUAGACUGAGGGGCUCUUAAAGAAAAGGCAGUGUUGAAAUAAUCAUAGCCUCCCUUCUUUUACUCUCCCGCUAUUCCUCAUUCCUUUCCUCCGAGUCCCAUGGAGAGACAAAGGAGAGAGUCAGGAUAAGGACACAAAUUAGAGCGGCAGAGAGAACAGGAAGGAGGAAACCUGCCGAUUCGUCAGGAACAUUAGAGCGGGGUCUCUGAGGGUCACGAUACCCUGUGAGCUUGCUAUCUCAGUUCAGUGAUAUAUAAUACUUGUUGUUUACGUUUAAAAAUCUGUUCGCCACAGUUAAAGUAGGCCUUACCUCUAGGGUUCAUUGACCUAUAGGGCGUCACGUUGGGACGCUUUGCAAGAGGAAGCAUGACGAGGGGGUUGAGAUUCCUGUGUCGGCCCCUGUGGCCUGUGGCCCUCUUCAGCCUGAUCACCACAGUGAAGAUGCUGGAAUUCGGCGGCGCGCCUGGCCAGUGGGCGCGGUACGGACGCUGGGAAGCCGGAUCGGUGGGCGAGCUGAGCUUCAGCAUCAAGACCAACAUCAGCAAAGCGUUGGUCCUCUACCUGGACGACGGCGGCAACUGUGACUUCCUGGAGCUCCUGAUUGCCGGCGGGCGCCUCCAGCUGCGCUUCGCCAUCCACUGUGCCGAGCCGGCCACCUUGCACAUGGAGACGCGGGUGAACGACAACCGCUGGCACAUGGUCCUGCUCACCCGCAACUUCCGCGAGACCCUCCUGAUGGUCGACGGCGAGACCAAAGUGGCCGAGGUCAAGUCCAAGAGGAAGGAGAUGGCGGUGGUCAGCGAUCUGUUCGUGGGCGGGAUCCCGCCCGACGUGCGCCUCUCGGCUCUGACUUCGAGCACGGUGAAAUACGAGCCGCCCUUCCAGGGCUUGAUCUCCAACCUGAAGGUGGGGGAGAUGCCUCCCACGUUGUUAAAUAGCCAAGGCAUUCAGAGCGACCAGGAGUACCUGUGCACCAAACAGAACCCGUGCUUCAACGGAGGGUUUUGCUCUAUUCAGUACGGAGAGGUUCACUGCGACUGCACCCACACCCCCUUCAGGGGGAAGUACUGCAAGGAAGCUGAAGAGUAUGCUGUUGAAGGUCUGGCGCACCUGACGUUAAACGACCAAGGAGACUCAUCUCAAGUCGGUAAAGAGGAGUCGGUCGCCACCUUCAAGGGCAACGAGUUCUUCUGCUACGACCUCUCGCUGACGCCCAUCCAGAGCAGCACCGACGAGAUCACGCUCUCCUUCCGCACGCUGCAGCGCAACGGCCUCAUGCUGCACACCGGCAAGUCGGCGGACUACGUCAACCUGUCGCUGAAGAGCGGUGCCGUGUGGCUCGUCAUCAACCUGGGCUCGGGGGCGUUCGAGGCCCUGGUGGAGCCCGUCAACGGCAAGUUCAACGACAACGCCUGGCAUGACGUGCGCGUCACCCGCAACCUGCGACAGCACGCAGGCAUUGGACACGCUAUGGUGACCAUCUCAGUGGACGGGAUACUGACCACCACUGGCUACACCCAGGAAGACUACACCAUGCUGGGUUCUGACGACUUCUUCUACAUCGGAGGGAGCCCCAACACGGCCGACCUGCCCGGGUCGCCCGUCAGCAACAACUUCAUGGGCUGCCUGAAAGAUGUGGUGUACAAGAACAACGACUUCAAGCUGGAGCUGUCCCAGCUGGCCAUCGAGCGCGACCCCAAGAUCACCCUGAGCGGCGACCUGGUGUUCCGCUGCGAGGACGUGCCGGCCCUGGACCCCGUCACCUUCGAGACCCCCGAGUCCUUCAUCUCGCUGCCUAAGUGGAACACCAAGAAGACGGGAUCCAUCUCCUUUGACUUCCGCACCACGGAGCCCAGCGGCCUCCUGCUGUUCAGCCACGGACGUCCUCAGGGUCCCAAAGAGCAGAAGCCCAGUCGGGAGCUGAAGACCGAUUACUUCGCCAUGGAGCUGCUGGAGGGCUAUUUGUACCUGCUGAUCGAUAUGGGCUCUGGGAAAACAAAGCUGAAAGCCAGCAACAAGAAGGUCAACGACGGGGAUUGGUGCCAUGUGGAUUUCCAGAGGGAAGGGAGGAAAGGAUCGAUCUCGGUCAACAGCCGCAGCAUGCCCUUCAGCUCCCCAGAGGGCAGCGAGGUCCUGGACCUGGACAGCGACAUGUACCUGGGGGGUCUCCCCGAGUCCAAGUCGGACCUCAUCCUGCCGCCGGAGGUGUGGACGGCGCUGCUCAACUACGGCUACGUGGGCUGCGUCCGCGACCUCUUCAUCGACGGCAAGAGCCGCGACGUCCGCCGCCUGGCCGAGAUCCAGAGCACGUUCGGCGUCAGCAGCUUCUGCACCCGCGAGCUGCAGAAGAGGUGCAGCAGCGCCCCCUGUGGCAACGCGGGGCUGUGCAAAGAGGGCUGGAACCGCUACAUCUGCGACUGCAUCGGCACCGGAUACAUGGGAGCCAACUGUGAGAUAGAGGCGACGGUGCUGAGUUACGACGGCAGCAUGUACCUGAAGAUCAUCGUGCCGGUCACCAUGCACACGGAGGCCGAGGACGUGGCCCUGCGCUUCAUGUCCCAGCGGGCGUACGGCCUGCUCAUGGCCACCACCUCCAAGGAGUCGGCGGACACCCUGCGGCUGGAGCUGGACGGAGGGCGCGUCAAGCUCACCGUGAACCUCGAUUGUAUCAGGAUAGACUGUAACCUCAGCAAAGGACCCGAGACGCUGUUCGCCGGGCAGAAGCUGAACGACAAUGAGUGGCACACGGUGAAGGUGGUGCGGCGAGGCAAGAGCCUGCAGCUGUCGGUGGAUAACGUCACGGUGGAAGGCCAGAUGACCGGCGCCCACACGCGUCUGGAGUUCCACAACGUCGAGACGGGCAUCAUGACCGAGCGGCGCUUCAUAUCCGUGGUGCCCUCGAACUUCAUCGGCCACCUUCAGGGCCUGACCUUCAACGGGCUGGCCUACCUCGACCAGUGCAAGAACGGCGACAUCUCCUACUGCGAGCUGAACGCUCGCUUCGGCAUGCGCCACAUCAUCGCCGAUCCGGUGACGUUUCGAACGAAAGGCAGCUACAUGGCGUUGGCCACUCUGCAAGCGUACGCCUCCAUGCACCUCUUCUUUCAGUUUAAAACCACCACGCUCGACGGCCUGAUGCUCUUCAACUCUGGAGACGGGAGUGACUUCAUUGUCGUGGAACUGGUGAAAGGAUAUGUCCACUACGUCUUUGAUCUUGGCAACGGGCCGUCGCUGAUGAAGGGCAACUCAGACAAGCCACUCAACGACAACCAAUGGCACAACGUGGUGGUGUCCCGGGACGCCAACAAUGUACAUAUCCUCAAGAUCGACUCACGCACCGUCACGCAGCACUCCAAUGGAGCCCGCAACCUGGACCUGAAAGGGGAGCUGUACAUCGGUGGCGUGACGAAGAAUAUGUACAGCAAUCUGCCCAAGCUGAUCGCGUCCCGGGACGGGUACCAGGGCUGCCUGGCCUCCCUGGACCUGAACGGGAGACUCCCCGACCUGAUCGCAGAUGCUCUCCACAGGGUGGGGCAGGUGGAACGAGGCUGCGAUGGACCCAGUACCACCUGUACGGAGGAGUCCUGCUACCAUCAGGGGGUGUGUCUCCAGCAGUGGGAGGGCUUCACCUGCGACUGCACCAUGACGUCCCAUGGAGGUUCUUUCUGCAACGAUCCUGGGACAACAUACAUCUUUGGAAGAGGCGGAGCCCUCAUCACAUACAUCUGGCCACCCAACGACCGGCCGAGCACGCGGGCAGACCGGCUGGCGGUGGGCUUCAGCACGCAGCUGAAGGAGGCCGUUCUGGUCAGGGUGGAGAGCGCCAAGGGACUGGGAGAUUACCUGGAGCUGCACAUAGAACGGGGAAAGAUCGGCGUGAUCUUCAACGUGGGAACGGACGACAUCAUCAUCGAGGAGGGCGCAGUGAUGGUGAGCGACGGCAAAUACCACGUGGUGCGGUUCACGCGGAGCGGCGGCAACGCCACGCUACAGGUGGACAACCAGCCGGUGAUCGAACGCUUCCCCUCAGGGAACUUUGAUAAUGAGCGCCUGGCUAUUGCUAGACAAAGAAUCCCAUACCGACUUGGUCGGGUAGUUGACGAGUGGCUACUCGACAAAGGUCGCCAGUUGACCAUCUUCAACAGCCAGGCGUUCAUCAUCAUCGGCGGCGGCGGCGGCGAGAAGGGGCGCCACUUCCAGGGCCAGAUCUCCGGCCUGUACUACAACGGCCUGCAGGUGCUCAAGCUGGCGGCCGAGGCCGACGCCAACGUCCAGACCCAGGGCAACCUGCGGCUGGUGGGCGACGCGCCCGCGGUGCUCGCCGCCGACACCACCUCCACCACGCCGCUGGCCGACAUGUCCACCACCAUCAUGGAGACGACCACCACCAUGGCCACGACCACCACCCGGAAACAGCGCUCGCCCACCAUGAGGGACAGCGUCACGCAGAAUGCGGAUGACCUCUUGGUCGCGUCGGCCGAGUGUCCGAGCGAUGACGAAGAUUUGGAGGAGUGUGAGCCCGGAAAUGGAGGUGAAUUAGUGUUGCCCAUAAUAACCGUGGACUCCCUAGACCCCCCGUCCAUCGCCACCCACUACCCAGUAAUCCCCUCGCCCCCCACCACCUACCGCCCCUUCCUCACCCUGCUCGAAACCACCAAAGAGUCCCUCCCCUUGCCAAACGGCCGCCCCCCCUGCCUCUUGGACCAGGAGGACUGCGAGGAGCCCAUCGAGGUGUCGGCGAACGGCUCGGGGGAGAUGACAGAGUCGGACGAUGAGGACUAUUACAAAAAUUCCCACCUCGUCACCGACAGGACUGUCCUCCCUCCUCCCCCGGGCGUCGAGGGCAGUGUCCAAAACCCCCGAGACCGCCACUUCUCCCGCUCCCCGAACUCCCACCGCCCGCCCCUCCCCACCACCCCCACCGCCAACCCCGACCAGCUCGGCCCGCGCGUCAAGCCGGCCGCCGGCGGCAGCAGCAACAACAAAAUCCCCGCCGGCAAAAUGAACACCCGGGACCAGGUGCUGCUGCCACCGGCCCACCCGUCUUCAGACCCGGGGCUCCGCAGAGUCCCGGGUAUAACCUACCCCCCGAAUUUCCCCCAUGUUCCCACUCCAGACCCCACGUCUCCCGACAGAGGGCUCCCGGGCGCCGUGGAGGUGCAGCAGUCCAGCAGCACCACGGGAAUGGUGGUCGGCAUUGUGGCGGCCGCCGCCCUCUGCAUCCUCAUCCUGCUCUACGCCAUGUACAAGUACCGCAACCGCGACGAGGGCUCCUACCAGGUGGACCAGAGCCGCAACUACAUCAGCAACUCGGCCACGCAGAGCAACGGCGCCCUGGUGAAGGAGAAGCAGCCCGGCGCCGCCAAGACGGUCACCAAGAACAAGAAGAACAAGGACAAAGAGUACUACGUCUGAGGGGGGCGCCGCCGCGACACACAGAGACGGACGGAUGCACUUAGAAGAAGGAAAGAGGCGAGAGAAAGAGGGAGCGAGAAAGGGCAGUAGAUGGAGAGCUAGCAGAGGGUGACUCAUUCAAAACUUCAGUAUUGUCAAAUACAAUCAAAUCAGAGGCACGGGCAGCCAAUAGGAAGGCCUCGUGGUUCUGUUCAUUGCUUUGAUUGAUUUUGACUUCUUAUUGUUAGAACCAACGGUGUGGAUUCAGGGCGGGGCUUAUUACACCUCCGAUCUCAACACAUACUGUGCCAACAACCGUGUACCGAAUGGUGAUGUCGGCACUUCACCGGUUAUUUAAUAUCGUGAGUACUGUAGGGAAGGCGCCAACGUCAGUAUUUGUGUCCGAGCUCGUGGCGGAGGCCUCCCGCCGCCUUUUCAGAGAUACAGCCACACGUUAUACGUCCACCUGUUUUGAAUUUGGCGACUUGGCGCCCCCUCUGUCAGAUCCAUGUACUGCCGGCUCACAGAGACUCAGCGUCACACCCGGCGCUCUCCCGCCUCUGUUGGGCGUUCCACGUCUGCGAUCUCUCUCUCUCUCUCUCUCGCUCGCUCUUCCUCUCAGUUGGCCCCGUUGCACCGUGUAGUUUCUCUCCUUGUCCGGUGCCUGCGAGCCGACGCAACGUUUAAAACUCUGCCGUGUUUCAAGCAUGUAGUAUUCAUUAACGAAAAAGAAGAUAACAAAAAAAACGUUUCUUUCUUUCUGUGGAGUUUUUAAAAAAGAAAAACAGUAAUUAAAAAAAAAAAGUUAAAAAAUUACGACAACGAUUGAUGGUCAUGAGCAACGCUCCGAAGCCCCGAUUGGACGCUAACUCCUACAUUAAGCCGCCAUAAAAACUUGUUGAGGCCAAAAAAAAAGGCCCUUUUUGGUCGUCCUUUUGUUCCGGUAGAUCUGUGUCAUGUGUUUCUGGCUCCGAGGCCGCCACCCUACCGCCCCCCCCCCUCCCCCCUUUCUAGUGGGCCAGCAGAGAAAAACUGUGUCACGUCCUUUACAGUACAGUUACUAAUAACCCGAAAUAACAGAAGAAACCUCCAGCAAAACCAGAUGAACUCUGUUCUAUAUAACUAUAAAUAUAUGUAUAGACGUUGCAGAAAACCUUUUGGACCUAAAGCGUGAGCGAGUGGCGAAGCGAGAGCUGGUGGAAGACACACUUUAGGACUUUUGACGGUUACAACCCCCCCGUUCCUCAGACCCCGCCCCCUCAUGGACAGCAAGACUCAGUCACCUUGGUUUGCUCUUUUCUUUCAUUUCUUUUUCUUUUUUUCCUCUGGAGAAAUGAGAGACAUUAAAAGGGGUUGUGACUCCAUUCCUGCUGGAGUUCCACCGUGGAGAGAGAGAGAGAGAGAGAGAGCUUGCAGCUGAAGGUGCGUCUUUGUGUCUUUCGCGCCCUCUCUCUCGUCUGACAGGACCGACGGGCAGCCGACUGGGCAAAAAGCAAACUUCGUGUGCUCGUCACCGCGAAUACGAGGUGAGCGGCGGUUUUUCUCUUGGAAGACGUGUGACAGAACUCUAGUAUUCCAAUUUUCUCAACUCUAUUAAAAAAAAAGAAGAAGAAGAAAACUGUACCAUGGAAAAGAAAAGAUAAAUCCUGAAAAAAGUUUGUGAAAUGUCUAAAUAUUUGACUCUCAUUCCAUUACUAAGAGUUCUGUGUGUCCCCCCCCCCCCUCCCCCCUAUCGUCAUUCCUGUUUGGAGAAAAGAAAGAAGAAAAAAAUUACGAUGCUGGAAAAUGGAAAUUUCUCAGUAUUUUUUUUGUGGUAAUUUGAUCAAAUGUGAUUUGGGUUAUGAAGAUGAAACCUCGCCUUUUAUUCCAUCCGUCAUCCUCAAUCUGUUUUCGUCCUUCAUCCUUUUUCUCUGUGUGUCAGAUCGUAUGUUCCCAGGCUCUAUCCAUUCUCCAUGUUUCUUUUUUUUAAUCAUUUGUUUUAUAUCUAUUUCUGUCCACCGGGCUGGAAACAAGAUGGCCGCCGUUUCAUUCAUUCCCAGCAUAACUCCUCCCAGUAUCUUCCUGUUCUUUCUAAAUGUUAUUGUAAAGUGUUCCAGUGCGAUGACUCUAAAUAUGUGUACAUUAACAGAGGGAAUACACUUGGUUAUAUACUUCUUA